AUGAGGGAUGAUAUUCGAAAACCCUAUAGUUUGUUAGGUCCAUUUCAACCCGAAUUAUCAUUUCUAUAUAGUGAACAAGGAGGUCAACAACUUAAUUUUUCACAUAAUGCUGCAAUACAAAAAUGGGACUCGUUAAGAAACCCCGCUAAGGGGAUUGAAGCAGUUUUGCAUUCAAGGUCAUUGAAGGAUGUGGAAGACAACCGAUUGAGGCUUAAGGCUGCAAUAGAGGGUGUUAGAUUGCUAGCCAAUCAAGGAGCUCAUUUUAGAGGUCAUGAUGAAUUUGAAAGUUCCUUGAACCAAGGAUAUUUUAAGGAAGUUCAAAAAGCCUUUAGAAGAAUGAGUCUUGAGCUUGAUAGAGUUGUGUUAAAUGCUCCAGCAAAUGCUAAGUACACAAGUCCAAAAAUUCAAAAGCAACUCCUAAAUAUUCUUGGUAAUAAAGUGAGGACCAAGAUACGAGUGGAGAUUGGGCAUUCACCAUAUUGUAUUCUUGUUGAUGAAGCAUUAGACAAUUCUGGUAAGGAGCAGAUAUCAAUUAUUCUUAGAUUUGUUAAUUUUCAAGGCUUGAUUCGAGAACGAUUUUUUAAGAUUCUAAGUGUUUCUAACACUACCUCACAGACUCUUAAAAAUGAGAUCUCGAAAGUUCUCACUAUGUACAAUCUUCAAGUGAGAAACAUGAGAGGCCAAUGGUAUGAUGAAGCUAGUAAUAUAAGAGGCAUUUAUAAUGGGUUGCAUGCAUUAUUUCUUGAAGAGUGUCCUUAUGCAUACUUUGUGCAUUAUUAUGCUCACCGUUUGCAAUUGACAUUGAAUGCUACAGCUCAAGGAGUUCAUGAGAUCUGGCAAUUCUUUCAAACCUUGAGUCUUAUUGUGAAUUUUGUUGAUUCUUCUGCUGAGCGGCAUUCUGCACUGAGAAAAGUGAGAAAAGAAGAAAUUACAAAUCUUGUAGCUUGUGGGGAACUUCAGACAAGCAGUGGUCUAAACCAAAUUUGUACUUUGCAGCGAGCUUGUGCUACACGGUGGAGCUCACAUUUCCGUUCUAUUAAGAGUUUGGUUGAAUUGUUUAGUUCAACAAAGAAAACUCUUAAUGAUAUGAUUGAUCAAAGGGUGGAAGGACAAGCUGAAGCUAUUCUUAAAACUUUGAGAUCUUUUGAGUUUGUGUUCUGCUUGCUUCUAAUGAACAAAGUUAUGAAAGUUACUAAUUUUCUUUUUCAAACGUUGCAGCGGAAAGCUCUUGACUUUGUGCAAGCAAUAAACUUUGUUAGACUUACAAAGACACUUCUUCAGGAGAUGAGAGAAGAAGGUUUGGAUGAUUUGGUAAAGGAUGUUGAAUCUUUUUGUGAAAAAUAUGACCUUGAUAUGCCAGAUAUGAGUGCACGUUACAAAUCUGGAACAGGUCGUGAUUGCCAACAACAGAAUUUCAUAUCAAUUGAGCAUUACUACCAUAUAGAUUUGUUCAAUGUUUUGAUUAAUUAUCAGUUGAGUGAGUUGAACAAAAGAUACUCGGAACAAGCAUCAGAACUCCUUAUACUUGGUUCAACCUUGGAUCCUCGUGAUGAUUUCAAAAGCUUCAAAACUAAAGAUGUUGGCAAUCUUGCAAAGAAGUUUUAUCCUGCUGAUUUUGAUGAUGGUUAA